AUGAAGAUGAAGAAGCUUAAUUUCAGCAAGAUAUAUUCAUUUAGAUGUGGUCAAAAACCAAACUUUAGGACAGGAAAUCCACAGAUUGGAAAACAAGGGUUUUCUAGGGUUGUUUUAUGCAAUGAACAAGAUAGUUUUGAAUCAGAUUUUAGGAAUAGUUAUGCUGAUAAUUCUGUUAGGUCAACAAAAUAUACAGUUGCUAAUUUCUUGCCUAAGUCAUUGUUUGAGCAGUUUAGGAGGGUAGCUAAUUUCUAUUUCCUUGUUACUGGUAUCUUGGCUUUCACUAAACUUGCUCCAUAUACGGCGGUUAGUGCUAUUCUUCCGCUGUGUAUCAUUACUGGUGCAACUAUGGUGAAAGAAGGUGUUGAAGAUUGGCGUCGGAAAAAGCAGGAUAUUGAGGUGAACAAUAGAAGAGUUAUAUUUCAUAAAGGUGAUGAAAAUUUCGAAUAUACGGAGUGGAAGAAUCUCAAGGUGGGGAAUAUAGUGAAGGUAAAGAAGGAUGAUUUCUUCCCUGCUGAUCUCCUAUUGCUUUCGUCGAGUUAUGACGAUGCGGUGUGCUAUGUUGAAACUAUGAACUUGGACGGGGAGACAAAUUUGAAGCUAAAACAAGGAUUGGAAGUAACUUCUUCCUUAAACGAGGACUUUAAAUUCCGUGAUUUCAAAGCUGCGGUCAAAUGUGAAGAUCCAAAUGCAAAUUUGUACUCAUUUGUUGGGAGCAUGGAGUUUGAUGGACAAAAAUAUCCCCUUUCUCCUCAACAACUUCUUCUACGAGACUCUAAACUUCGUAACACGGACUAUGUGUACGGAGCAGUCAUCUUUACCGGUCAUGACACUAAGGUUAUUCAAAAUGCCACUGAUCCUCCUUCGAAAAGAAGCAAAAUAGAGAAGAAGAUGGAUAGGAUUAUCUACUUCUUAUUUUGUGUUUUAUUUUUUAUUGCUUUUGUUGGUUCUAUUCUCUUUGGAAUUGUAACUAAACGCGACUUACACAACGGAGUUAUGAAAAGAUGGUAUCUAAGACCAGAUGAUUCCACCAUUUUCUUCGAUCCUGAAAGAGUUGUUGCAGCUUCUGUAUUUCAUUUUUUGACGGCCUUAAUGUUAUAUAACUUCUUCAUUCCCAUCUCCUUGUAUUUCUCUAUAGAAUUGGUCAAAGUCCUUCAAUGCAUCUUCAUUAAUCAAGAUAUCAAUAUGUACUAUGAAGAACUGGACAAACCGGCUCUUGCUCGUACUUCGAACUUGAAUGAAGAACUAGGCCAAAUUGACACAAUCCUUUCUGAUAAAACUGGAACAUUGACUUGCAACUCGAUGGAGUUCAUCAAAUGUUCGGUUGCUGGGGUAGCUUAUGGUCGUGGUGUCACCGAGGUUGAGCAAGCCAUUGGUAAUAUAAGUAAUAACUCACCUAUGAUACAUCAACAAAUUAAUAGAUCGGAACCAGAACCAGAUGAUAUCAGAGAGGUUCGUAAUCGAAAAGAACCGAUCAAAGGUUUUAAUUUUAUGGAUGAAAGGAUAAUGAAUGGAAACUGGGUUAAUGAGCCUCGUGCGGAUGUUAUACAGAAGUUUUUCCGUUUAUUGUCUGUUUGUCAUACUGCCAUACCUGAAGUAGAUGAAGAUACCGGAAGAGUCUCAUAUGAAGCUGAAUCUCCUGAUGAAGCAGCAUUUGUGAUUGCUGCAAGAGAAGUUGGUUUUAAAUUCUACAAAAGGACUCAGAAUAGUGUAUCGAUGAAAGAGUUGGAUCCCGUAUCUGGCGAUGAAGUUAAUAGGACAUUCAAGGUUCUCAAUGUCUUAGAAUUCAAUAGUUCAAGGAAGAGAAUGUCGGUGAUAGUGAAAGACGAAGAAGGGAGAAUUUUGUUACUCUCUAAAGGUGCUGACAGUGUCAUGUUUGAAAGGCUUGUCAAGAAUGGGAGGGAGUUUGAAGAGAAAACUUUGGAACAUAUGAACGAGUAUGCUGAUGCAGGUCUAAGAACGCUGAUACUGGCCUAUCGUGAACUCGAUGAAGAAGAAUAUAAUGAGUUUGAGAAUAAAUUUUCCAAAGUAAAAAAUUCAGUCACCGUAGACCGUGAAUCGUUGAUUGAGGAAGUAUCAGAUAAGAUUGAGAGGAAUCUUAUCCUUCUUGGUGCCACUGCUGUAGAGGACAAACUCCAAAACGGGGUUCCUGAAUGUAUUGACAAACUUGCACAGGCUGGAAUUAAGAUAUGGGUUUUGACUGGGGACAAAAUGGAAACUGCCAUCAACAUUGGUUUUUCUUGUCGCUUGCUUCGACAAGGAAUGAAACAGAUUAUCAUUCAUUUGGAGAUUCCAGAUAUUCAAGCAUUGGAAAAGGAUGGAGACAAGAAGGCUAUCAUCAACGCAUCAAGGGAAAGCGUGUAUCAUCAGAUAUCGGAAGGUUCUAAACUGCUUUCUGCAUCUAAAGGGCCCUCUCAGCAAACAUUUGCUCUUAUAAUUGAUGGAAAAUCACUUGUUUAUGCUCUAGAGGAUAAUACAAAAAACAUGUUUUUAGAGCUUGCAACUCGCUGUGCAUCUGUUAUCUGCUGUCGCUCUUCACCAAAGCAGAAGGCCCUGGUUACUAGACUGGUUAAAGAAGGAACAGGUAAAACAACAUUAGCUAUUGGUGAUGGAGCUAAUGAUGUAGGAAUGCUUCAAGAAGCUGAUGUAGGUGUUGGAAUCAGUGGCGUUGAAGGAAUGCAGGCCGUCAUGUCUAGUGAUAUUGCAAUUGCGCAGUUCCGGUAUUUAGAAAGAUUACUUCUUGUACACGGACAUUGGUGUUACCGGAGGAUGUCCACAAUGAUAUGUUACUUUUUCUACAAGAAUAUUACAUUUGGCUUCACUCUAUUCUUAUAUGAGGUGUAUGCAUCAUUCUCUGGACAGCCUGCGUACAAUGAUUGGUUUUUAUCUUUCUAUAGUGUGUUGUUUUCUUCACUUCCUGCCAUUGCCCUUGGGGUCUUUGACCAAGAUGUAUCUGCUAGGUACUGCCACAAGUUUCCCAUCUUAUACCAAGAAGGUGUGCAAAAUGUCCUAUUCAGCUGGCGCCGGAUUCUAAGCUGGAUGCUCAACGGAUUCAUCAGCGCCAUAAUAAUCUUCUUCUUCUGCACAAAAGCAAUAGGCCUUCAAGCCUUCGACGAGAACGGACAAACCGCCGGAAAAUCCAUGCUAGGAGAAACCAUGUAUACUUGUGUCGUCUGGGUUGUAAACCUACAGAUGGUGCUAUCUGUUCGAUAUUUCACCUUGGUACAACAUAUUGCCAUUUGGGGUUCUAUUGCUCUUUGGUAUUUCUUCAUGUUUACUUAUGGAUCAUUGCCUCCAAGCUUUUCCACAAAUGCUUACAAAGUCUUUGUCGAGACUCUUGCUCCGACUCCUUCCUAUUGGAUUGUCACACUAUUCGUGAUGAUUUCUUCGCUUAUACCGUACUUUUCGUGCUCGACGAUUAAGAUGUGGUUUUUUCCUAUGCAUCAUGAAAGGGUACAAUGGAUGAGGUAUGGGGGCAAGAAGACUAAUGAUCCUGAAUAG